AUGUUGUACCUUCCUCUCGUUGCCCUCUCCUUUGCUGCCACCGUUCCUCUGGUGAGCGCAUACCCCAUCACUGGCGAUGGUGUCAACUGCCGCUCUGGUCCUGGCACCAACCAUGCCGUGGUCAAGUCUUACCCCAAGGGCCAUGAGAUCUCCAUUGUCUGCCAGGCUGCCGGCACCAACGUCAAGGGAGAUGAGCUCUGGGACAAGACGUCCGACGGCUGCUAUGUCGCCGAUUACUACGUGAAGACCGGUACCACUGGCUAUGUCACCAAGCACUGCGAUGGCGGCAGUGAUGGUGGCAGCGGCGGCGGCAGCGGCAAUCUUCCCGGUCUCACUGCCACUCAGUCCUCUCACGCUCAUGCAAUCAUCGGUGAAGCAAAGAAGGAAGGCCUGGGUCGUCAAGGCUGUCUGGCUGGUAUUGCAACUGGCUUGGUCGAGUCCAAUCUUUUGAUCUAUGCCAAUAGCAAGGUACCCGAGUCGCUCAAAUACCACCAUGAUGCCGUCGGCCACGACUACGACAGCGUGGGCAUCUUCCAGCAACGUGCUGUCUACUACCCCAACAUCGCUGCUGACAUGGACCCUGCACGCUCUGCGGCUCAGUUCUUUGCCAAGAUGAAGAAUAUCAGCGGCUGGAAGACGAUGGAUGUCGGCAAGCUUUGCCAGAAGGUGCAGGUCUCCGCCUACCCCGAUCGGUAUGCGCAACGUGUGCCUGCUGCUGAGAAGAUCUGCGCUGCUGGUGGACUGUAG